AUGCGGGAAUUCGGAAGAGACUUGCGUCGCGCUCGCACCAUCCUCAUUAAGAUUGGGACGGAGAUCGUCCAUUCUCCUGAAGGUCUUCUGGCCAUGGGGCAGAUCGGCAACAUCGUGGAACAGAUCGCAAUUUUGCACAUGCGUGGCCACAACAUCAUCCUCGUAUCAAGCGGCUCGAUCACUAUUGGCAAAAUGGUAUUACGGCGUCAGUACCUACUAUCGGGGUCGAUGCAGUCUCAUCUUGGAGGCCAAGUGGAGGAUAACAUGGAAUUCUAUGAGAAAGCCUGUGCUGCGGCGGGUCAGAGUGGACUCCAGAGUCUCUACGAGAUGUUGUUCUCUCAGUACCAUUUGAACUGCUUCCAAAUAUUGGCGUCUGAUGCGGAUUUCCGUACCGACGUCAUCACACGUCGAACGGCGCCUUUACUUAGUGGGGAGAAGAUGGCGUGGGAUAAUGACUCGCUUGCGUCACUCUUUGCUCAAGAGAUGCAAGUGGAUCUUAUGGUAAUUAUUACUGAUUCACGAGUGUCGUCUAUGGGUCAGAACGAUAAGGAGCACUCGUGCAUCAGAGCGGUGGAUAGUGGUGCUGUCCGUGCUGCUGUAGUUGCCAAGGCCGAGCCAGGAGUCCUUCUGCGCAUUGUCAACGGUGAACGUGUGGGAGCGCUCUUCAUAUCGCCGGAUGGAAAGCCGAUAGGAGAUGCCACAACGGAGGAAGAACACAUUGACCCUUUGUAUACUGGCAUUGCCAAACGCAGUCGUGGUCGCUUGAGUAAGUUGUAG